UCCAGCUAAGCAUUUUACUUGGUGUGCUAACGAUUCUGCCAGCUCACUGCCUUCACUUCAAGAAUAAGAAAAAGAAAGUGAAACAAUGGUUUCAGUACUGCAUUAUCCAAUAUGUCCCUUCUUUUACUAAGGCAGUGUAAGGUGAGGAAGGAAUUUGGUUGUUAUUUCUAGCAGGUCAUUUGACAACAUAGAGGCUCAAUCAUUGGUUUGUGUGAUUCCUCAACUGUGAUAUCAUUUGAAAUGUGGAAUCGCGUUUUAUGGUUCUUUGUAAGAUUGCAUGAAGUACAUUCUGUGAUAAUUGUAAUUGGAAAAUAUUAAAAUUAAUUUCAAAAAUUGGGGAGAAAAAAUUCUACAAAAAUAAAAUUGUUAAAUUCUUUGCUUAUUGAAUAAAAUUGUAUUUAUUUAUACUUAAAGAUACACUUCAUUUUAAUAGCUCUGAGGAAGCUAUAGGAUGUUGCACAGGUACUCAUCUAUGAGUAUACUGCUUCUUAUAGCUGAAACAGCUGUUAGCUAAUGAAAAAUCAUCUGAAAUGCUCCCAAAACCCACACCCUUCUGAUGCUGUGUUCUCUGUCUCCCACCUGGGGCUGCCCCAGAACAUAAGGUCAGUAUUUCUGGCUUCAGAGAGAUACGCAAUGGAGUACCCGCUGUUGAAGCCCGUGCCACCACCACCUUCCUCUGCCCGUUGCCUCUCGUCUCUCAGAAGUUUAAGGAAAUUCAUCCUCAUCAGCAUCGUUAGUUGCAUGGCAGUGGUUACCUUGACAACAAUGGCCAUAUUGUUGGUGCUAUCAUUUCAAGUGUCUUCUCCUUCGAACUCUUCUUAUGGCAACAGUGUGACAGUUCCAUUGCCAAACAUAGCAACUGGGAGCCGAAAUCAGAGUGACAUUCGCAGGCAUUCAACAUUAAAGAAUUCUUCAUUUCCUGCUUUAAGCAACAGGACAUUAUUUUCCAGUUCAAUCUCAUGUCAGAACAAAUGCUGGCCAUACACAGCGUUUCGCUUCCAGUCCAAAUGCCAGAAUGGCGUGUGUCACUGCCAGGGAAAAGGUUAUGAUCCCACAUCUUGCUUACCCAUUUAUAAAAAUUGCUCAAUAAGAAGAAAUUCCAGCAAUGCUGUUGCAUAUUGGCACCAGAAGAUCCAAGAGACAUUUGCUUGCCAUUCCUACAAAGAGGCAAAUUCAGGAAGAAACAGUCAAGUCUAUGUGAUUAGUACGAUGAAUGAAUGGAAACUCACCAGCCAAUCAGAUUAAACGUCACAGAAGCCAUGACAAGACAGUUUCAACCAAUCACAUUAGUUCUGGCUUCCUAUUAUCCAGCACAUUGGUUUAUUCAGAUGCAAAGUGGAAUCCACUUAGGCUCGAUUUUACAGAUAAGCACCGUCCACUUCAACUCAGGCCGUAUCUUUCUGAAUGGUAAAGAAGUAUCGAAACAGAAAUCCCUGUUGACCAAACAGCGCUCCCUGGUUGGUUACGGUGAUGACCGGUUCAGUGGUCACACCAUACAACUCUUGCAGACCGUUGACAGGCUUACAGGUUCAAUCACAAGUUUCAGUGGAUCUCAGAGAGCAAAUUUCUGGACUUUAGAUAUUUCUUAACUGACCGGCACCAUCACCACCUUCAACAUCAACACCAAGCCAAGCCAGAAUGAUGACUUGAACUUUGACCUUUGACUUCCAACAUUUUGAAGGUUAACAGGAUAGAAGACAAACUAGUCUACUUCAUCAGCAGUUAAAAUUGAUAUUAAUAUAUCACAACUAAAACACGAUAUUCCACAAUGUUCUCCCUUGAGCAUCAUGUUGUUGAAAACUGUUAUUCAUUAUACUUCUUAUAUAAUAAGUUUGGCCUCACAAUCUCUGAUUAUCUUUCAUAGGAAUUCAUUUGGAGAUAUGAGAGUUAUAUUUUGUCACCUCAACAACCAUGGUUCCUGACACUAUAUCCACAGUCACUGAAAACACCCACACACAUCUGCAAGUAUUAAGGAACAGCAACACCAUCCCAACAGUAUUAUCUCUACCACACAGUCCAGACACAUCUACUGUACCCCAGAAUACAACUAUAAUCCCAUUCCAACAACAUUCCAACUCUUAUGCUCAGUUCAGACACAUCCACAACACCUCACAACACUACUACUUCACCAUCUUAGCCCCACUAUCUCCCCCACACAGUCAAGAUACAUUUAAUACUUUACAACACCACUACAGCACCAUCCUAACAGCGCUCGGUCCUAUUCAGAAUCCUACUCAGUCCAAACACAUCUAGAGUACACCAGGACACAGCUACAAUACCAUCCUAACAACACUAUCUCUCCUAUAUGGUCCAGAUAUAUCUACAAAACCCCCACAACACUGUUUCUCCUACUCACUCCUGACACUUCUACAACCCCCUCCCACAGCACAACUACAAUACCAGCCUAACAACACUAUCUCUCAUAUGUGGUCCAGGUAUAUCUACAAUACCUCACAACAUUUUUCUAAGGACACCGUUUCUCCCAUUCACUGCAGACACUUCUACAUCCCCCACAAUACAACUACAACACCAUCCUAACAACACUAUCUCUCAUAUGUGGUCUAGAUACAUCUACAACAUCCCACAAAACUUUCCUAUCUUUGAAGGCUAUUUUUCCUACUCAGCCCAGACACUUCUACAACACCUCACUAACACAACUACAUCACCAUCUUGACAGUACUAUUUCUCCUACUCACUCCUGACACUUCCACAACACCAUUCUAACAGCACUAUCUCUUCCACAUGGUCCAGAUACAUCUACAAUACCUCACAACAUUAUUCUAACAACACUGUUUCUCCCACUCACUCCAGAAAACUUCUACAACAUCCCCCACCAACACAACUACAACACCAUCCUAACAACACUAUAUCUCUCACAAAGUCCAGUACAGCUACAACACCAAUAAAUCUAACAACAUUUUCUCUCCCAAUUCAGUCCAGACAGUAUAUUGAGUGAAUCAGGGUUGCUAUAAUUUUGCUGACCCUUUUAAAUCUCAUUAAACUAGGGGCAGUAUUUGGGGAGACAAUAAAAGUUUGCUAUAGAUAUUUGGGUAUCUUUGAAUUGUGAUAUAUAAAAUUAUGACAUAUUAGAAGUAUGAUAAAUUAAAGUUAUUAUAUCUUAGAAUGAUGAUAUGUUAUGUUAUCUUGGUAUUGUGUUAUGUUUGUGAUGUUGCAAUUUGUAUUUGUCUUUGAAAUAUUUUAAUUAGUUUUACAGUUGUGUCAUCUGAAUUUUAUUUUUGAUUAUUUUCACAUAAAAAACAAAUUUGUGUGCGGAUGUAUGCACGUGUGUGUGUGUGUGAGAGAG